AUGUAUUUUGGUUUUUGCAAGAAAUCUCAUUCUACUGAAGACUAUCUCUUGGGCGACCGUAAGAUGAAGGUAGUACCCGUCGCGGUCUCAGUAGUAGUCAGUUAUAUCUCAGGGGUUACGUUGCUAGGGCAUAGUGCGGAUGUUUAUUUGUACGGGACAAAUAUAGUUUGGACUGUACUCUCAUGCUUGGUGGCUACCGUUAUUGGUGCCUAUCUUUUCCUGCCAGUGAUAUGCAAGCUAAAGACUCCAAACGCAUUUGAGUACUUAGAGUUGCGAUUCGAUAGAAGAGUUAAGAUGGUAGCAUCCUGGGUGUAUACGGUGAACCUUUUGCUGCAAAAUGCAGUUGUGGCAUACGUUUCAGCAAUUACUUAUUCGCAAGUAACCGGUGUGAAUCCACAGAUUGUUGCUUUCAUUUUGUGCGUAAUAUGUCUAUUUUACACAACCAUUGGGGGAUUUAAAGCUGUAGUAUGGACGGACGUAUUUCAAUUUGUUGGAAUAUUUGUAAGUGUUGUUAUGGUGACUGUGCUGGGAUUAAUCUCGAUAGAAAUUCGUGAUAGUACUCUAUCCUCAACGUUCAAUACAUUGGGGGCUGUGACAUAUGAAGACGUGUUCUCCCCGUUUCUCGCCGAAGAUUUCGUACGUGGCAAAGAAACCUGGAUUUUAAGACUGAUUGUUGUUAUAUUGGGAGCUAUUAUCACAUUUUUGACAUUGUUUGUAGAACAAAUGGGUGGUCUGCUACCGUUUGUGGGUAUUACAUUGGGUACAGUGUUCGGAAUACUUGGUGGAAUAUUUUCUCUCGGGCUACUAUUUCCUAUGGCCAAUUCGUUGGGCGCUUUACUAGGAGCUAUUACGAGUACCUUUACUAUUGGCACAAUUGCAGUACUGAAUCACUGGUACACUUUACAAGGGGCAAAUGAAAAGUUCAUUAAACCAACUUCAGUGGAAGGUUGCCUGGUUCCCACCAAUAUCACACUUGUCAGAAAACAUUUUGAGUAUGAACCGUUUAUACUCUUUCGGAUCUCUUUCUGGUACAACUCCGUGAUGGGCUUCUUUAUGGUGAUCAUUGUUGGGCUAUUUGUAAGCUGUGUUACGAAGAAAAGUACCGUCGAUCCAUGCCUUUUAAGUCCUAUAAUCCGAAAGCAUUGCGACGGCAUGACGUGUACACAGAAAUACGUUGCUGGUGUGCAGCAACAGAGGGAUGAAAAUAUUUACAACUUCUAG